AUAUAUACAUUUCCCUUAGAUUUUCUCUUUCUCUUCUUAUUCUUCACAUAUACCACUACCAUAACAUUGCAUGCAAUGGAGCUUCAACUUGGUCUUGCUCUCUCAACCAAUCAAUCUCAAUCACUUGACCUCAAUUCUCAUGCUUACGAUUCUAUCUUCCAUCAAAAUAAUUUCAAUAAAAAACGUACCUUCUUCCAACUCUUUGAUCAUGCACCACAAACUCUCCACACCGACCUUGUACUUCCCACGCUGUCUCUCCUUCCUUUGACGCCAAGCCACCAUCAAGAUGAUCACGAUCAACACAGCCAAUGCUCUAGCAUCACCAAAAAGGAUGAAGAGGAUGCCGAAGAUAUUGUGGGUUGGCCACCGGUAAACUAUUGGAGAAAGAAACUUCGUGUCGAUAACAUUGGAGACCGUGACGAGGUUGUAGGAAAAAACAAUCACGUGGUAUGGGUUGACCGGUGUCACGGCCAUGGUUGUUUGACCACGGGAAGAUCCAAUUCUUCAAAGUCUCUGUAUGUGAAGGUGAAGAUGGAGGGUGUUGGAAUUGCACGGAAGGUUGAACUUGGCAUGCACCAAUCCUUUAAGACGCUGACGGAAACCUUGAUGGACAUGUUUGGAACAGGCCAUCAAGAAUCAAACAGCUAUGAAUUGGCUUAUCAGGAUAAAGAAGGUGACUGGCUUCUGGCACAAGAUGUACCUUGGAGGAGUUUUGUUGGAUGUGCACAAAGACUGAAAUUGAUGAAGAAGAGUAACAGAUGAAUGAGGAUAAAAAAUGAGCUUGUCAACUUUGUUUGCCAAACCUUAAUUGAAAAGAGAGAUAAGAUGGCGUUUACCUUUUUUUCUUUUGGUUAACUGUAUCUAAUCUAGCUUGCGUGCAAGUAUAAAAAACAUCUUAGUAUUUGCCUGACAGUAUUAAUAUGUAGUUUUUGUAUGAAAAACUAUGAACUUUUCUCACAGUUGGUUGGUGAUAAAAACAUAGUAAAAGUUUGUGA